UGCCUCGUGUCCACACUAACCCGCACUGACCCUAUAUAAAUGUCGUCCGAAUUCCCCAUUGAAAUACAUAAUAUGUAUUUGAAAAUUAUGCAAGUACAUACAUAUAUGCAGAGCAGAAUAGCACGUGUCGUGAUAUUUUUUGUCGCCACGACUUAAAAUGUGUGAUCUAGUCACGAGCCACGAAUCACGGCAGCAUCUUUCAUAUCCAGGAGUAAACCGUGCCAGGAAUUUAAUUUUUGCAACUAGAAUUGCAAUUCCAAGAAAAUGAUACGUGCUUAUGUACAUUUUAACAUUUGUCACUUGCCUCGCACUUGACUUUGCUCAGUGCAAAUUUUUGCAAGGUAAGAUCCCCAGUCUUCACGAUUGAAUGGAAUGAACACCUGUCAAAGAUGCAUUUCAUUGCAAAAAAAAUUACUAAUAGAUUUCAUAGCUUUAAUAUAUCAUCAUUGACAUUAUUGUUCUUAUUCAUCGCUGUAUUUCCGAUUGCACCAAUUUCUGUAAAAAUUGUGACCUACUCGUUAAAAACGUAUUACAUUGAUUUUGCUCCGGAUGGGGUGGCGAAAAAAGUGCUCACUUUCAACGGUCAAUUUCCUGGCCCGACGCUACACGCGGCAAAAGGUGACCUCCUUUCCGUUUCGGUGACCAAUUUGAUCCAGGACUUUCAGACGACGACGAUCCACUGGCACGGGCUGGAGCAGUACCUCACCCCUUUUCAAGAUGGACCCAGGAUGAUCACGCAGUGUGACAUUCCAUACAAUGCGACACACGUUUACAACAUCCCGCUCAAACAAUCGGGAACUUACUGGUACCACGCCCAUCACACCGGCCAGGCCUCUGAAGGCCUCUGGGGUGCCAUCAUAAUCGACAACACUCCCGCCGAGGUUCACCGCUACGAUGGCGAAUUCCUCCUCGCCCUCUCCGACUGGUAUCAUAAACCCUCCCACGAAUUGGCUAAAUGGUACAUGGAUUUGAAAAAGUCCCGCGGCGGGAUCCCCAUUCCGGACACUGGAUUAAUCAACGGGCUCGGAAACUAUCCAUGUACCGCGGCACGAGAUCAGGGAUACUCAUGCAAUCUCACCUCACCCCAAUAUAAAGUAUUUGAAGUUGAGCGGGGGAAAACGUACCGAUUUCGGGUUCUAAAUUCUGCGACGAUUGUCCUAUUCGCCAUUUCGAUUGACGGCCACAAAUUGGAAACCAUUGAAACCGAUGGCGUCGACACGAUACGAGUGGCGGGAGUUGAUCGUGCCACAGUUUCGACGGGGGCCCGGACCUCGUUCCUGGUCAGGAUGGAUGGCAACCUGGACCAAUAUUGGAUUCGGAUUUGGACAGAUUUGGCUCCGUAUAAGACGACAUAUGCGAAUAUUAAUCCCAGGCCGGAUAUCUACACUGGAGACCCGUACCUUUAUGCGGUUCUGCGAUAUAAGGAAAAUGCAGCGAGGGGAGUGCCAGAUACUGAAGUGAGUGAAGGUGUAAAUGAGGGGGCAGUUCAAGGAAGGCCGGACAGUCAUGGAGGAACUCAAGAUUGGGACUUUCCAACUUUUCCACUCCAAAAGGGAAUUCAAAUUGAGACAAUAAAUGGCCAAGCUACUUAUCAGGAUCCAAUGAUUGUUCCCCUGGCUACACCCCCGUAUCCCUCAACGACGCCAACCCAAAAUCCCGUCACACUCAAACACAUGGAUUGCCUGCCCUUCGGAUCAGUCACUGCGCCCACCAAGGUCAACCAAGUUAUUCGAAUACGCAUCCCAUCCGUCGAUAACCCCGCCAACACGGUUAAACCGGGUUUCAAUAAUAUCCCUUUUUCGACAAAUGAUCUCGAUAAGCCCGCCCUCGUCAAGGUUAUCAAUGGAGAAAAAUUGCCAACCGCACUCAAUCCCAUCGAGAUCAAAGGCUUCGGAGAGAAUUAUGUAGUCGAACUGAUAAUUGACGACUUUGGCGAUACUGGACACCCCCUUCACCUACACGGACACACCUUUUGGGUCAUGGGGUUCGGGUUGGAGGGCGACGGACCGUUCAACGAGACGCGUCAUCGUCCCAUUCUCCGAUCUGGGGUGCGUCGAGAGACCAUUGCGGUUCAACCAGGGGCGUGGCUCGUGAUUCGUUUUCGUGCCGAUAACCCCGGCGUCUGGCUGUUCCAUUGUCACAUGAACUUCCAUUUCGAAGCUUCCCUCGGACUUGUGCUUAUUUCGGGACGAAAUUUAGUGGAGCAGACUAAAAUACCGCAAGACAUGAAAGCGUUGUGUAAGAAAUCGGGAAUUACUUUGGAGAAGAGAGUCACUCCAGUGUUUGACCCAUGCGACUUUGUCAACUUUCCGGCUAAAGAUUGGUUCGAUUUUAUGCAGAGAAAAUUUACGUGUUUAUUUAAUGGACAGUAUUAAUGUGAUUAAUGUCUAUUUAUGCAAUCAGUCAUACUUAUUUAUAAAUACAUAUUUAAGGUUACAUAAUCAUUAUUUAGUGGUUACAAACAUCGGGAAUUAAAAUUUUAAGUGCAAUAAAUAAAUUUCAAUUUCAAUUUAAA